CCCAGAAGCCCCUGCAGGUGGCGCCAGUUGCCCGCGGCUCUCCCGUCGUCCGGCGGGGUGACGGUGAAGCCGGAGCGGCAGCAUCACACUGCCUGAGCCGGCGGAUGGAGCGGGAGGGACCGCAAAGUUAAAAACACGGCGGAGAGCUCGGCACAAAGUCAGCCACAACAAGUGUACAGAGAGCAGCUGGCCAGAUGUGGAGUAUUAAACUUGGGACACACAUCCCUGCAGCCAGGUGUGAAUGGAUAUAUUUAAGGUAGGCCUCCUUUAUAUCCUGUUUUUAAAAUGACCCAGGGGCCAAACCUCGUCCUGGAGUGGCUGUCCAAGCUCCACCUGGCUCACUAUGUGGAGUCAUUCAUUGACAAUGGGUAUGAUGACUUGGAGGUGUGCAAACAGAUCGGGGAGCCAGACCUCGAUGCCAUAGGUGUGCACAUUGAGUAUCACAGACACAGGCUCCUGACGGCGGUGCAGACGCUUAAAGACGAGGACAAAAGGAAGACGCCGAGCUACUACUUCACCUUAGAGGCUCUGGAUCCCUCUGCCUGCAACCAGAACAGAGAAAAUGACUUCAGGACUCCACGGCACCAGACGUCCUGUCCCGGAAACCAUAACCCGAGGGUCACAGAUUGUAACGACUUUGUGACUUAUCCCAAACUCAAGCUCAAGGUGCUGAUAAGAGAUAAACUCGCAAAAGAUGGAAUCAACCUCGGAGAAGCACCUUACACCUUCAAGGAUGGCUCGGUGGGGAGCCUUGAUGACCUGGCUCAGGAGUAUUCUCAGUAUUACGGCACCUCCCUCAGCGACGUGUGUGAAAGGAUGGAGGAGAUACGGAAACGCAAAGUAGUGCAUGAUGCAGAGACGGGAAAGGGUGACUCAAUGGCCACAUCACUUCAGCUCCGCUCCGAGAUCCAGGAAUCCCUUGGACUUAACAGUACCACCUCAACUCCAGAGACUGAGAGAAGGUUUCCCGUGCACAAAUCCAGCUCCGAUGACGGAUCAGGAGGAAAAUGGGACGGGAAGAGAAAGAGCAAAUCUUUUUGGCAGAGUUUCCGCAAGUCACAGAAAGGAGUGACGCGUCAGAUUUCAAAAGGCGAUGACGGCGUCGGUUUCGUGGCCAGUGAAAUCACCAUGAGCGACGAAGAGCGCAUCCAGCUGAUGAUGAUGGUGAAGGAGAAUAUGAUCUCUAUAGAGGAAGCUCUGGCACGGCUGAAGGAGUUUGAGAUCCAAAACAAACAGACGUGCAGGUCCGAGCCCACCGAGUGGACCGACCCCUUCAGUCCCGCCCCGAACGAGUCGGUCAACUGCAACCCUUGUGACCUGUCAGACACUGAACAAGAGGAAUCUGUGACAUUCAGGAGGCUCCACAAACUGGUCAACUCCACCCGAAAAGUCAAGAAGAAGCUGAUCAGGAUCGACGAGUCUAAGAGGACCGGAGCAGACGAGAGUCUAAACAUAGACGGUCUUCCCUGUGGAGAUGCCAGCACCUCCCUGUACUCAGAUGUCCAGAAAAAGCCUGUCGAAUGCCCCGUGGACUCUCUGGCUUCAGCCAUGCGGGAGCAGCUCACCUACAACAGGGACUCUGACAGCCUGACCACUUCGCCUUCCUCCAGUAGCCUGGACACGUGCAGCAGCCAGAAGAUCUUCCAGGUCUCUAGCAAGUCCGGCGGCAGCCCCGUUCAUCAGGAGACGAGCGUAGCGGAGGAGGCGGGGGAGGCGGGUGAAGGCAGCGGCUCCUCCUUCUCCGAAACAGAAGGCUGCAACGACGAGGAACCCAAAAUCGCUCGCUCGGUGACGGACGGAGAACUCCGUCACCGGAACCUGCUCAGCCACCAUGGGAGAGCUUGUAGCUUUGGAGGAUUUGACCUGACCAACCGCUCAGUGCACGCUGUCAUUUCUGACAAUGAUAACACUAAUAAAGACGGAGAAGGUCCGAGGGAUCCCGUUAAGUCUCCACCGACGUCUCGUAUUUCCCUGGGCAAAAAAGUCAAGUCCGUGAGAGACACCAUGAGAAAACACAUAUCCAAGAGAUACCACUGUUCUCUCUCUGAACAGUCAAGCCCAGACCGGAUCUCUAGCUGCCCUCACUCGCCUCAGACAGACUCCGACUCUUUGGAGAAACCCAAACUGAAGCCAGGAGGGUCUGUGGAAAGCCUGAGGAGCUCCCUGAGCGGACAAAGUUCCAUGAGUGGUCAGACAGUGGGCACCACUGACUCCUCCAACAGCAACAGAGAGAGCGUGAAGUCUGAGGACGGGGAAGAGGAUGAGCUGCCUUACCGCGGACCCUUCUGUGGACGCGCUCUAGUUCAUACCGACUUCACCCCCAGUCCGUACGACACAGACUCCCUCAAACUGAAGAGCGGAGACGUCAUCGAUAUCAUCAGUAAGCCUCCGAUGGGCACGUGGAUGGGGAUGCUCAACGGCAAAGUUGGAACCUUCAAGUUCAUCUACGUGGACGUCCUGAACGAAGAGGAGGCCAAGCCCAAGAAGACGCGCAGGAGGAGGAAGGCCCGGCAACCCAAACCCACCUCUGUGGAGGAGCUGCUGGAUCGCAUCAACCUCAAAGAGCACCUUCCCACCUUCCUUUUUAACGGCUACGAGGAUCUGGACACGUUCAAGUUGCUCGAGGAGGAGGACCUGGACGAGCUGAACAUCAGAGACGCCCAGCACAGAGCCGUGCUGCUCACCGCCGUGGAGCUGCUGCAGGAGUACGAUGGUGGGUCAGGAAGCAGCGACCCGGAGCGAAGCAGCAGUCAGUCUGGAGGCUCUCAGGAGAAGCUGCUCCUGGACAGACGCGGCCUCGCGGGAGACUCCCCGCGAGACUCCGGCUGCUACGAGAGUAACGAGAACCUGGAGAACGGACGGGACAAAAAGACUUCCUCGUCCAUGAGCAGGUCCUCUUCUGGUUAUGAGUCAAGCCGGCUCCCGUCCCCAGAGUGCCCGGUCGUCCUCAAGACUCUGAUCUCAACCCGUAAACUCCAAAGUAAACCGGCACACCCGCCCUGUAUCUCACCAUCACCGAGACCCCCUAAGAACAGUCUGACUCUCCUGAGCCUUGCAAAAAGUCUCGUUCCCGUGAGAGCCAUAGCUAGAAGCCAGAGCUGCCCGGAGCUCAGAAGAAACCCGGCACCAGGGCUGCUGAGGCGGAGCUUCUCUGUGACUGCACGCCACGAGAGACGGUUCAUCAAACCCAAAAACUGGAAGCCGACCCCCGCUGCCAAAACUGAGAGCGUACCGCACGCAGCAAAUCCUCAGAAACACUGCGAGGACAUGUCUCUGUUCAACACAGACACAGGACACGCGUUUGCCCCUAAACAAGCAGAGACAACACAGAGCACACACCUCCAGCUGCCACCCACAGCCCCGGCAGAAAGGUCCAAUCAUCCUUUAAUUACACCUUCCACAGCAAACCCACGCCGAGAGCCCGCGCUAACACAGACUGCCUGUUUGUACGGCCACACAGACAGCGUGUUGUCUGAGGAUUCGAGGACACGUUCAAUUUCAGCCACUUUUGAAGCCCGCCGGCUGAAAAUGAAAAGAAAGACGCCCAUGAGCUCAGGAAAUCUGAGUUCCCUGAUAGAAGAAAGACUGUAGCUGCAGGGUACCGAUCUCAGAGACGCAGCCGCUGUCUGACGAGGCCUCAGAAGUACAGCGAGCUCUCAGUUUACUAUGAGCAUCUAUCUUUGACAGCCGAUGAUCCCUGAAAACAUACGCAUGGAUUGGUUCAAAGGGGGAUUACUCUUUCUGUGGUUUUAAUCCAACAGGUAUAAAAUCAGCACUUCGAUCAUGGCUGAGGCCUUUCUGUGUGUUUGCAUGUUCUCCACACACUUCAUAUGUUCAUCUGUGACUCUAAAUUGGUCGUAGGUGUGAGUGUGAAUGGUUGUUUGUCUCCAUGUGCCCUGUGAUGGACUAGUGACUUGUCCAGGGUGUGCUCAUGAGGAUAAGCUGUCACAGAAAGAUGGAUGGAUGUAUAAAACCCCAGUCUCUAUGUCAGAUGUUCUCCAUUCAGCUGAAUCCAGCCAAAAAUGACACAAGUAGCAUCAUUUAUCCCGUCAGCAGCAGCUUCAUGAAUUAAAUUAAACUGUUUUUCAGUGUAUGUUGUUAAACGUCUGUAUCUCUUAUUGUUUUUGACAACAAGACAUUCUGACACGUCGUCGUGGUCGAUUCCGUUUUUGUGUUUUCGGGCCUUGAACGUGAAAAGAUGCAUUUUU